AAGUAAGCAACGAAAACACGUUCAGUGAGUGUGAGCAAAAGUAAGGCAGCUCAACAGGAAGGCAGGGGCCGUGAGAAAGGGCCCCGUGGACGUCAGGACUAGUGCCACACUCUUCAAGGCAGUCAGAUCAAAACCUGGUCCAUGUUUCUAGCAGCCACCGACGCGAGAAUGCCCCCAGCGAUUGGACAAUGCUUCGUGGUUAUAAAAGCCAGUAUGAACCUGUUCUUCAACUCCUGCGUCUGCGUUGAUCACUGACAGAAGGUGUACAAUAUGGCAUCAGACUUCAACGACAUUGUCAGGCAAGGCUACGUUCGCAUGCGAAGCAGGAAACUUGGGAUUUACCAGAAAUGCUGGAUCAUCUUUAAGAGAGCUUCCAGCAAGGGACCCCGGCGAUUUGAGAAGUUCCUGGAUGAAAAGGCAGCUCAGAUCCGGGCCUAUCACAAAGUGACCGUCCUGGAGAGCGUGCGAAGUGUGUCCCGUAUGCCUAAGGACAGCAAGAAGCACGCAGUGUCCAUCAUGUUUGUGGACAACUCAACGAAACAGUUUGCCUGUGAAUCAGAGCUGGAGGCAGACGAGUGGUGUAAAGUGCUGUACCAGGAGUGCGUGUGCUCACGACCAGACGGCAUCAGGAGUGGGGAGCCUGACCUACUCACCAACGGGGCGCAGAGGGACCAUAAUGAGCGGUUUCACGUGUUCCUGCUUCAGAACCCAAACCUGGACAUAUUUGGGGAGUGCCUGCUGCAGGUGACACAUGAGAACCUGUAUCUGUGGGACAUCCACAACCCAAAACUCAAGCUGGUGACCUGGCCACUCACAGCCCUCAGGAGAUACGGCAGGGACCAGUCAAGGUUCACUUUCGAGGCAGGAAGAUCGUGUGACACAGGAGAAGGGUUGUUCACUCUUCACACCAAGCAGGGGGAGCACAUCUACCAGAAGGUUCACCACGCCACGCUGGCCAUCGCUGAGGCUCAGGAGAGGAUGAUGAGGGUAGAGGAGGAGAGAAUAGCAAGGUUACAACAGGAGUCCAGACAGAGACAGACACCUGUCAGUCAUCGUCGACAGGCCAGUCUGACAAGAUACAUCCAGCCGUCAUCAUCCAACCAUUACAUCGGUCAGAGCAGUUUGCCAGAAUACAACAUAUAUGAAGAGGCCCUGAAUGUCAGAUUUGGUGGCCCACCCAAUGUGGUGCCGACAUCAGCUUCAUCCAACAUCAGGUCCCACAGAACUGGGUCUCCUGAAAACCCCCACACCUACAUACACACAACAGAUCUAGAUAACACAUAUGAGGUGCCAGUAGACUGUGUGUCCUCAUCAUCCAUAUCACACAACAAUGCUCUAUACGAGCGCCCCGCUGAAGAGACCAGGAAACAAAGGGUCAUGUGGGAGCCCAGCUCCUCCGAACCCCUCACACCCAACGGGAACGAACAUUUCACAGACCUGGGCAGGUUGAACCUGCUGGAAGAUUCAAGAAUGCACAACUACGUAAACGUUGUUGGAGGAAGUCAUCAGGGAGGCGUGAGAUACACAUGUACAGACAACACCAAGGCAACAGGAUACUGCACUAACAGCAACUGGGACUACCCGUCCCACCAAACAGUAGAUCUCUGUGGAGACCUGGAACAGUUUCACCAGAAGUACCUGACUGUUUCCAAAUUUUCAGCAUGACAAAAGACAUACUCUGGAUCUGCAGCUUGCUUUAUUAAUAACCAGUGAAAGUAUUAUUGUGUUGAAAAGAGCCCCAUCCUUUUUACAAUGGAUUUUUGGGGAUGCCAAGAGGAGGACAAGACUUGACAUUUUGCAAAUUCUUUGGCACUGGUUUUUCAUAGAGGGAGGGACAUUCAAGAUGGAUCUUGGCAUGAGACAGAAGACUGUUCUAGCGUUGUUGAGACAAGAGGAGCUGCACAGAAGUCUGUGGUUUGGUAAACAGCUGUCUGUACUAAGAACAAAUCGGCCUUCAGCACCGAGGACAGGUGCCAUGUACAGAAGCAAGUGUUUUAACACAAUCUUAAAGACUAGAUUUUCAUGGAUGUUGAGGAACUUUGUAAGGUCGUAGUUCACUGUUGCACAAUGAUGAUGAUGAUGGUGAUGCACUGGUGUAUGUGUUACAGACUGCAGAACAGAAAGGGGUAACUUUUGCACAUUCCAUCGAUUGUUCUUAGAACAUGUUGGUGUGCCACUGUCUUCUGGAUGCAGAAAACGAAUUGCAUUGUAUCAUACAGAAGUCACAAGCAAAUCAGCAAGUGUCUAAAGAAAGGCACAAAACUUUUUAAGACUAAGUAAUAGCUUUGGCUGCUGUGAUCAGUUUUGGUGUCAUGAUUUUGUCAGUGGACUGAAAGUUCCUUACAACAUGCAGAAAUACAGGACUGUCUCAUGCAAUGAACAAUAGACCAAUCCCAUAGCCCUGUCCACCUCUGUCAAACACAUAAAAAUGCAUAAUGAAGGCAACAAAUAUCUGAUGGACAUGCAGCCACAAUUUGCUUGGUGGAAUUGCUAAUUGCCAUUCUCUCAUUGGUUGAAUUGCUAAUUGUGAUGGACAGCCAGGAUUGGUCUGUUGUAGGAGAGGGGUAGGAUUGAGGUGGAUGUACAGUGUGUGGGUGAAAAUGUACAGCUUUCAUUGCUUGGAAAUAGUAGAUGGCAUACAAGAGCUGGUUUGGUCCAAACCAAAGGGUAUCAGAAUGGUUGAGAUAGACAAAAAUGAGCUGAUGGUAAAUACCAUGCAUGUGUGUAGUCCAUGGUAGAAUGCUGAAUUAUAAACUUAGAGAAGGAAUAUUGGCUGAAGGUGUGUGCUGGUGGGGACUACUUUAAGAUAAGACUGAUUUAUUGGAUGUAAGAUGAUGAAGUUGUACUCGUGUGUUGUAAUAUUGAACAUGUUGUUUGUUACACUACCCAGCAGACAAGGAUACCAAAACAUGUCACAAAUGUGUUGCAAUAGAUGAUUGUGUUUCCACUAUGGACUUUGAUGUUAAGUUCAAAGUAAAUGAAGAAGUGUUCCCCAGACAAAAUAAGUGACAUACAGGUUUGGCACAUUUUUUGUUGCGCCAUAACUUUGCCAGUGCCAAACUGUAGUAAAGUGCAGACAAUAAGAAUCUUCAAGGAUCCAACUGCACAUGCACAGGUCAAAGGUGAAGGCACCCAACUUGUUAACUUGUCUUGACCAUGCUCUAUACAUGUCCAUGUGUAUAUUGCCGCCUUUAUUGGUUGGUUUGCAUUACAAUGAACAGAUUUGUUUUAUGUCUCAGGGGCCCUCACUUUUGACAUGUGCAUAAGGAUCGGUGAACAUGCCCAUUCCUGUCUUCUGUUCCAACUUCCAUGUAUUGUAUUUAUUCUAAUCAUCAAUAAUAGCAAUGGGACAAGUAUGACAAUAAGCUUGUUGAACUUUAAUGGUGAACAUAGACAUAUGGAAGCAAUAGAUUAUGUAAAAUUAUGUGUAAAUGAUUUAAUAGUUUCUUCGAUGAUCCUUUUGUGCAUGAGAUCAGGUGUUAAAUUAUAAGACUUAAGGCCACUCAUUUUUAAAUACAUAGUUGGUGUUCUGAUUCCUACCACAUUCAAGCAACAUCAAUGAUUCUUAACGUUCCACCUACUGAGUUAAAUGGUUGUAGCCAAUACAUCUUUAGAGAGUAAACCAACCCUUAGUUGGGAAGAAGUAAACCAACCCAUAAAGGAGGUUAGUCUCCCAACAUACCCUGAGCUAGUGUGUUUUUCAUCUUCUGUGAAAUCAUUCAUGAUUGGGGUGAAGCCCAGUACAUUUGAAAUUGAUACAUUCGCUUUUGUGGCACAUUGAUGACCAAGACUUGAACUGAAUCAUUUUAGUGGACAGUUAAAACUACAUGCGCUGGUGAAUGAAGUAAAUGGACUACAGAGCAAAAUUGUGUAAAACAAACCCAAAGCUUGAGUUGGAUCGGUGAAAGCAAAACAUCAGUGCACCAUUUAUCAAAGUAUUGGGAUGGCUUAAGUGGUUUAAUGGUUUUGAAUCUAAUGUUAUAAAAAGAAAACAGUCAUUGAUUUUUUUAUCUGAUGAAUGAUACCAUGUUAUUUCUUAAUCUGUGAGAGCAGAUACUGGCUUUUGGUCAUAUCAAACAUGUAAGGAGGAUUGGACUGUAAUGUGAUGGAUUGUAUGAAUGAAUGAUUUAUUGGUACAGCUGUAAAAAUGUACAGUGCCAUAAUAUAUAUAUAUUUAUGUUCUUAUUAAACAAAAUGGCAUCAUGUUGGAUGGCAAUGUUAGCCUUGGUGUUUCACUAGAAAUUACUAUUUCUGGUAUUAUUGAAUAUUUAAGUCUUAUUAAGAAAUAGUGAACAUAGCACUGUGAAAAACUGGUUUGAACAUCAAGCUUCCCAAUCCUAACUUUAGGUAAGUGGGGUAGCCAGUAAUGUCUUAUCAUGUACAUAUACCUUGUACAAUGUUUUCUAUAACAUACAUAAACUAAUCUUGCUCAGUGUAUUGUCCUUGUUUUUCACAAGUCAUCACCUUCACACAAAGGGCAUGCUUAUUAAAAAACAUUAUUUGACUGAUUAAUCCUCUGUAGACAAUACAGUCAAGUGAUUUUGGAGAGUUUUCAAGCGGACAUGCUCAGCAGUUGUGCAGAAACGUGUCUGCAAACUGGAAAUCAACUUGUAAAAAAACAGUGAUAUUUAAACUACUUCUGUGGAAGGUAAAGAAGGGACAUGUAUGUCCACCAGCUUUAUACUUGUGAACAUGACACUCGGAGGUCAAUAAAGACUAGCCAAUGGAUACAAUGAA